UGCCAGAGGGCAGGGAUGGGUGGGAGAUUGGGAACUGGGAAUUCCUGGCUGGGCUGGAAUUCCCAGAGCAGCUGGGGCUGCCCCUGGAUCCCUGGCAGUGCCUAAGGCCAGGCUGGACGGGGCUUGGAGCAGCCUGGGACAGUGGGAGGUGUCUUUGCCCAUGGCAGGGCUGGAUUGGGAUGAGCUUUAAGGUCCCUCUCAACCCAAAGCACUCCGGGAUUUGCCAGGAAUCCCCAGCAGGACCCGUUGGCAGCAGAGCUGCUGCCCCAUCCCUCCCGGCCCGUUCCCGGCCCGUUCCCGGCCCGUUCCCGGCCCGUUCCCGGCCCGUUCCCGGCCCGUUCCCGGCCCGUUCCCGGCCCGUUCCCGGCCCGUUCCCGGCCCGUUCCCGGCCCCUCCCUCAGCGCCCAUCCCCGCCUGGCAGCAGCUGCUCGGCACAGACGCGUCUCGGGAGUGAUUCAGCACAAACCGUGUGUUCUUGGGUUGUUUUUUUCCCCCUAACCCCGCUCGCAGGCCCGAGUGUUGCUCCCAAACACCAGCUGGGAAGGUGUGAGGGCUGUCUGGCAGCCGAGCCGAGCUCCGGCUGUGCCAGGCGUGAGAAAAUCCCCGUUUGCAUUCCCUCCGUGCCGCCUCGGCGCAGCCGGGACCGCCUCUCCCCCGGGCCUCACCGCCGGCAUCGUUCCCUGCCGGCAUUAAUGAAAAGCUCCUGGCUCUCGGAGUGUGGUGGAGCCUCUCGCCGGGUUUGUCCCCAGAGCCGCGGUGCUCCCCAGGACUGUGGGCAGGCAUCCCUCCCGCAGCAGCUGGGAUCGUGCUUUAGGCAGCGCAGGCCCAGGAAAAUACCUUAGGAGAAGUUUAAAACUUAAGAGAAGCUUAAAGAAUUCAGAUGGCGUGACUGGCCUCAAGUGCAGUUACUGACAGCUCGUUCCCACAAACCGAAUUUAUCUCCUUCCUUCUGAAAAGUCGGUGAACUGUUCAAUGUAGUCAGUGCUCCGCAAUUUGCAGUGAUACUGAAUUUCAGAAUCAGAGGAAGCCACGUUACCAGUGGGACCUUCCAGGCUGGCAGAGGCACGAGGACAGUUGUCAUCGCUGGGGUCCCCGCUGGCCUCCUGCAGGAUGAGCUCCUGGCUGACCUCCUCACCAUCCACUUCCAAAUGUCCAGGAACAACGGCGGGGACGUGCAGUGUGUCACCUACCCCACCGGGAGCCCGGGCACUGCCUACGUCACCUUCGAGGAGGCAGGAGUUGUGGAGCGUGUUCUGAAGAAGGAUCAGCAUCUCCUGCAGGACAAGAGGCUGCCCAGGCCCUUCCCCCUGACAGUGACCCCCUACUGCCACAACUUCCAGGCCUUCCUCUGUGUCACAUCCACCCUCAACGUGGCUGUUUUCAGAGAUCACUUGGUUUUAGAGGAUUUGGUGGAAGAGAUGAAGAAGCAGAGCCCAGCUUUGAGUUUUGGGCCCUUGCAGCGUGACGGGCAGAUUGCUGUGCAAGGGUCCUUCCCAGCACUGCGAGUGCUGAGAGAUUUCCUCCUGCUGAAGGCAAAGUCCCUCUCAGAGGAGGACAAAAGAGAGGGCAAAUCCCACCAGAGACCGAGGAGGAAGCUGCAGGAGCACAGAGGUGCUGCAGAGAUGAGGAAUUCCACCCGGGAUGCUCACAGGGAAAAACAAGUGCUGGUUCUGGACACGGACAUCUAUCACUACAUGAAGUGCUUUCAUCUCAAGGCUCUCCAGGAAAAUGGUGUUGUCAUUUCUGGUGUCACUGAUGGUGACAUCACCACGGUGUGCAUUGAGAGUGCUGGCAGCAAGGCUGGUGCUGCACAGGGAUUAAGGGCCAAGAAAAUGAUUGAGAAUUACUCGGUGGAGCUGCAGAGGAUUCUGCGUAAGGAAAGGAUCUGCUUCAAGGAGCCCAGCAGGGCUGGGAGGCAGAGGCACAGGCAGCUCUGUGAAAAGCUGAAAGCACGCUACCCCGGGGUGCUGCUCAUCCCUUAUGACACCCACCUGGACCUUGUGGGCACCUCUGCAGAUGUUUUUGGGUUGGCAGAGGAGGUGAAGAGGCACUCCAGGUAGGGGUGAGGGUUCCUGUGGGUUGGGUUGCUCAGCCAGACUCUGCCUGUGGCCCUGUGGCACUGCAGGUCUGCUCUGUGGCCCUGGGAUGUCACUUUGUCCCACUCACAGGCUGGCAGCUCUGCAUGGGAGAGUGACCAAGCCUGGCCCCCCAAACCCCAAAUUAGGGUCAGAACAAAAAAUCAAUGACUUUGCAUCUUUCAUGAACUUGGGGAGCUGUUCUGCCCAGAAACAGCCACAUUUCUCUUGGUACCUCAGUGCAUUCUCAUCCCAGCUUGCUGUCAUGGAGUACAUGAUGAGAAAAGAGAUUUUAUUUAUUUUUUUUUUUAAGCUGGGUGUGCCAACCAUGUAGGAAACACUGCAGGGAAUUGUGUGGGAGGCUCUGUGAGGAGGUGACUGCAGCAGCCAGCAAUGGGGACCUUUUCUGGGCCUUUAUCUGCCUUGAGAAGAGAGCUGGGACACCUGGCAGGGCAAAAUGCACAUGGAAUGGACAGGCUUGGGAAAGCCUUGAUGAUUCUUCCCUGCAGGAAACAGGCAAGUUUGUUUUCAUAGGAGCAAUAAUGGGGUUUUUUCCAGCUGUAAAGGCUUCUGCAGCAUCUCUUGACAGCUCGUUAUUUAGACAUGAAAGUGUGUCCAGAGAUUUGAUGGGAAAAUGGGGGGGCAUUCAGACUUGGGAAUCAGAUUCUGUUUAUGCAAAUCUGUUUCUGUAUCCAUUGCAAGGGCACAAACGGGUUUUUUUUUAAACCAAUUUAGAAAAUAGCUUUUAUUUUGUGAUAUCUGUGUGUUUAGAAUAAUUUCUCAAAACAUCCAGAGCAGCUUUUCUGUCUGAUGUGCAGGGAAAGCUUUAAGGGUUUAUGCCAUUAAAGAAAAGUGUUGUCCAAAA